GCCGAGGUGAGCCGUGCGGAGAUGGGCGGCUGAGGGAUGCCCUGGGGUCUUCCCGGCACGCAGAAUAAGGAUGGUUGCUCAGUUGUUAACUGCGACAGACGCUGUCCGUGAGGAUAUUCCUGUGCACAGAAGGGUCCAUUCGGCUGCUUCCUUACAAUGCAGAUACACCCCCCUGGGAAUUGUUGAAGCUGUUCCAUGCUGGAGCAUCGUGGUUUAAGCCCAACCGGCAACUCAGAACCACUCAUUGCUGAGCUUUCGCUUGCAGCAAUGGACUUGGAUAAACCAUCUGUCUGGGGAUCCCUGAAACAGAAAACCAGACCAUUCCUGCGAAACCUAAGUGUGAAGAAGACAAAGAAAAGGUCCAGCAAGAUGGUGGAGAGGAAGGUCCGCUCCUUGGACCGACGCCUCAGUGUGUCUGUGCCCAACAUGCUGGAGGUGGAGACUGUUACAGAAGAAGAAACCACUUAUGUGAGUACUCAGGUGUUCUCAGACUGCUCUCCCAAGAGCUUCUCCACAUCUGUGAUGUCCAUGAAAAGCAGGAACUCUUCAGUGAAGCCACUGGGAGAGGACUGGCCAUGGGCAUUGCAGCAGGUGUCACCCACGGAGGAGGCAGUCACCCACCCGGAUGCACAGGUUGCAGGCAGCCCUGUGUCCGAAGAGGAGAGUAAAUCCAGCACCGACCUCUUUGAGCUGCUGCAGAGCACUCGCCUGAGCGCUGCUCUGACGGACGAGGGGGCAGAGUACCCAUGUGGAGAAAUGGAUUUAGACUCUUCCACAUCAUCUCAGAUUUUUGAUGAUAACAUGGUUCUAGAGGAAGCAAACGAUUGCUUGGGUGACCUGCCCAACCCCUUUGCUUACCUGCUGACCAUCCACCUGAAGGAAGGCCGGAACCUGGUUAUCAGAGAUCGCUGUGGUACAAGUGACCCAUAUGUGAAGUUUAAACUGAAUGGGAAAACUCUCUAUAAAAGUAAGGUAGUCUACAAGAACCUCAACCCAGUUUGGGAUGAAACUGUUGUGCUGCCUAUACAGAGCCUCGAUCAGAAACUCUGGAUCAAGGUGUAUGAUCGAGAUUUAACCUCUUCAGACUUCAUGGGUUCGGCAUUUGUAGCACUCACUGAACUUGAACUCAAUAGAACUACUGAACAGGUUUUAAAACUGGAAGAUCCCAACAGUUUAGAAGAUGACAUGGGAGUGAUUGUGUUAAACUUGAGUCUAGCAAUCAAACAGGGAGACUUCAAGAGAAAUAGAUGGUCAAGUCGGAAGAAACGAACUUCAUCCAAGUCAAGUUUCCUGCGGAACGUGCGACUCUCUGACUCCUUGCGUAAGAACCAGUUGUGGAAUGGACUGGUCACCAUCACUCUCCUCGAGGGGAAGAACAUCCCCGGAGGGGGCUUGGCGGAGGUUUUUAUUCUCCUUAAACUGGGAGAUCAAAGAUACAAGAGUAAGACACUGUGUAAGAGUGCAAAUCCUCAGUGGAGGGAACAGUUUGAUUUUCACUACUUCUCUGACAGGAAGGAUAUAUUGGACAUUGAGGUCUGGAGAAAGGAUAACAAAAAGCAUGAGGAGCUUUUGGGAAGAUGCCAGGUUGAUGUUUCUGCCCUGCCGAUGAAGCAGACCAAUAGCUUAAAGCUGCCUCUGGGAGAACAUCCGGGGUCCCUGCUCAUGUUGAUUGCUGUUGCCCCAUGUACAGGAGUGUCUAUCUCUGAUCUGUGUGUCUGCCCUCUGGGAGACCCCAGUGAACGGCAACAGAUUUCACAGCGAUAUUGUAUAAAGAAUUCCUUUCGGGACAUAAAGGACAUUGGCUUCUUACAAGUCAAAGUUUUAAAGGCCGUGGAUCUGUUGGCAGCAGAUUUUGCAGGUAAAAGUGAUCCUUUCUGUGUAUUAGAGCUGGGAAAUGACGUGCUUCAAACACACACCGUUUACAAGAACCUCAAUCCAGAGUGGAACAAAGUUUUCACAUUCCCAAUUAAAGAUAUUCAUGAUGUUCUGGAAGUGACAGUGUUUGAUGAAGAUGGAGAUAAACCCCCUGAUUUUCUUGGAAAAGUUGCCAUCCCAUUGCUGUCUAUUAGGAACGGUAAACAAAGUUGUUACACGCUGAAGAAUAAAGACUUGGAACGUGCUUCAAAAGGAGUAAUUUACUUGGAACUGGAUGUCCUAUUUAAUCCUAUAAAAGCAAGUAUUAGAACAUUCAAGCCCCGAGAAAAGCGCUUUACUGAGGAGAACCGCAAAUUCUCUAAAAAGAUCUUAUCAAGAAAUGUUGAUCGCGUGAAAAAAAUCACCAUGGCAAUAUGGAAUACAAUACAAUUCCUUUGGAGCUGCUUUCUCUGGGAGUCCACGGUGAAGAGCGUGAUAGCAUUUGUGGUAUUUGUGGUCACCGUCUGGACCGUGGAACUGUACAUGGUGCCCCUGGCUCUGCUGGUGCUGUUUGCAUACAACUUUUCCCUCAUCACAACAGGGAAGAUCAACAACACCCAAGAUGCCCAGGAGCUUAUGGGCUUGGAUGAAGAUGAGGAUGAAGAUGAUAAGGAAUCUGAGAAAAAGGGGUUAAUAGAGAGAAUCCACAUGGUCCAAGAGAUCAUCAUAGCUGUUCAAAGCAUCUUAGAAGAAAUAGCAUCAUUUGGAGAGAGGAUUAAAAACACAUUCAACUGGACGGUGCCCUUCCUCUCUGUCCUGGCCUGCUUAGUCCUGGCAGCAGCCACAGUUAUUUUGUAUUUCAUACCACUGAGGUACAUUGUUUUAAUAUGGGGCAUAAAUAAAUUUACUAAGAGGCUUAGAAAUCCCUACGCCAUCGACAAUAAUGAGCUACUAGAUUUCCUCUCCAGGGUACCAUCUGAUGUUCAAAAGGUGCAGCAUGCUGAAUUGAAACCAUACAGCAGCUCCAGUCCCAUUAGGAAGAAGCGGAGCGCGCUAUAGGAUGCAGCGUGAUUUCGGAAUGCAGCAUCUCCCUCCGUACCCCCUACGCAUGAACAUGAGCUUCCCUCCUCCCGUUCUUGCUUCAGAACAACACUAUAAUCACUGCAACAGACUCACAGACUUUGGUUUUUGAGUUUGGUUUUUAUUUGAAGGUGUGAUUUUUUUUUAUAAACACCUAUGUUGGGUUGUCCUUUUUGGGUUGCCUUUUGAGCAUGGAGCUGCAGCCCAAAAAAGAGCAAGGUGGAAUGUAUGAACUAGGUUUUGGGGUGGGGAGGAGAAUGGGAGAGGAUGGUGCAACUGCACUACUUUAUUUUUUCCCUUUGGUUGCAGAGGCUGGAUGUGGCGGCACUCCCUGUUUUAUGUAGGAAGAGAUAAUUUCGCUUAGUGUAGCAGAUCAGCUGAGCUGAUGUGAGGAGAUGCUCUGAACCAGUUUUUAACAUAUCCAACAGAUUUACAUUAAGAUAUGAAAGCUAUUCUUUUCGGAGUUAAAUCACUGUGCCUAGGAAGGUUUAAGCUCUGAAUUAACGAGUCUUUGAUACCCAUCUUCUGUUCAAGCAGUGUACAUUUUAAGAAGUUUUUUAUCAUAAUUAGCAGAAAGAGUGAGGAGCUCCAACAAUAUCUCAAUAUUUCAUCCAGCACUUGUGGGGUUUUUUACCCAUUUUUUUCCAUCCACCCCUUCCCCCCUUCUUUUUUUAAAGCCCACCCUGUGUUUAACUCUUUGGCUACUGAAAUCAUCAGGGUUCCAUUGCUGGCAAUGGAUGCAUGAGAACAUUCUGCUGUAAAAGGAUUAAGAGACUGUAGAAAAGCCUGACUCGCUGACCUGAAAAGACUCUGUUGACUUGCCUUUUAUAAUUCCAUCUCAUCAGAUAUUUUCAGCAUAGCUGUUGUUUUCCUGUCUUAAUCCGAAGGGGUCAACACUACACAUUCAAGAGGAAAAACACAUUAUAGCCUUAAAGAGACAAGUGCUUGUGCAGAAAGACAGCAUAAUGCCUGAAAACGCAGUUGUGCAAUAGUGCAAACUUUGGUCCACCACUGAUAUCUUGGACUCCUUCCUGGUAGCUCACCAGGAGAGGAUCAGAAAGUGAAGUCAUGUGGAAACUGAGCAACGAAGAGACAGAAGAAAGGACCCCAUUUUCUAUUCUGAAGAGAAUGUGAUUUCUUGCUUGCUUACCAGUCUUUUGGCUACUGUGCUUCUGCUUUAUAUAAUUCAGAUAACCAGCAUUAUUCAUGUUGUUUGGCAGGGGAAACAAACACAGAAUCCUAUGUAAACCUGCUUAAUUUUGGUGAGAGUGUAGCCCUCCGUCCUUUAGGUGCUGUAGGACAUCACUGGAGCAAUUUGUCACCAAAAUAAGUCAAGAGCUGGAGUUGCUGCUUGUAGUUCCCAGGCAGGGGUUGCCACCAUCAUCACCUGGGGUAGUUGACAGUAUGAAGAAAUAGGGAAUCCUGAGAGUCAGGUUUAUGUUUAACAAAAGAUGUCUUUGGAAUUCAUGUAAUUAAAGGUAAAAUGGGUAAAACCUCACUUAUGGAUCAGUGUUCCAAAUGUAUUUGAGCUAUGUGGUUCAGUAAUUCAAUCCUGUGGUCCUGUUGCGUGAAUUUGAAGACGGUGUAUUAACACCAGAGUAUCUUCCACUGGAUUAUUGCUCAGAUUCAGUGAUUUCUCAAGAAGUUUAUUUUUCAAAGUAACAAGCCCCACUGUGCCUUUGAAUGAGAGAGGCACAUUUUCAUAGGCUCGAUUGGAGAAGGAAUGUAUUUUGCUCAUGCAAAGCUGUGUAGCUGUGAGUGGAAAGGAUAGAAAAAAGAUUAUCUUGGUUUAAAAGCCACAAAAACACCUCUUUUUCUGCACGUGUGCUUGUGUACCCAUGCAUAUACAAAGCUGUGUAUAAAGAAGAGUACAUGUAUAAUGUAUUUAUAAGCGAGUGUGUGUGGGAAAAUGGGUGAAUAUACAGAUUUUAAAACCUUGAAGAUGUUUAUGAAAAAUGCCAAAGAUUCUGAAGCUUAUCUUGCGUCUGUUCUUCUUCAUUUUGUAUCUUUCCCGGCAUGUCUCUCUGGCUGAGCCAGAUCUCUGCAUGAUUUGAUUUACUUGAAGUUAAUGAAGCUGGUUGGAAAGAGCCUUGUAGAAAUUACAAAAUCUCCAGUAAAUCUCCUCUUGUACAUACAAUAGAUGUCCACGGACCCCUUUUGUUAAACCAGUUUCUCAAUCUUCUCUGUAAACAAUGCCUCAUUGUCUCGCUUUAAACUAUCAUCUGGUUUAUCAUACUGAGGUCUUGUCAUUUUGUAGGGACCGAAGUCAGACAUAUUGAAAUAGGCAUGUGAGAUCUGACCGUUUAUUUGAGUGGAAACAUUCCACUGCAGGAAAAUUGUUUAUUUAUUCAAAAGUUGAGACUGAUAAUUUACUUUUUUUUCUCCUAUAGAUUUUUCCAUGUGGAACUGAUUUCUCUUCAGGAGACAGGGUGAUGUCUUUUCUUUUUAGUGUAGAUAUGUUGUAUUUCAGAAUAAUUUUUGUUAGAUUCUUAUGCUGGAGGCGUACCAAACGAAGAGGUUUGGAUGGUCCAGUACCUAUAUAUGUUGUAAUGAGCUCUUUGUUUUGAUAAAUGCUGUUUGAAAUGCAAUAAACACUUGAGGUUGA